AUGAAGGGGUCUCGGCAUGCCGCUGGACCAUUGAUAAUUUCGAAAUCUCCCAGAAACUUGUUCUUGUUUCCUACUACUUGUCCUAGGUCCAUCGAGUUAACUUACGUUUACCUCCCCGCCCCCAAGGUGAAAAUGGAUCCUCUAUCCGUCACAGCCUCAGUGAUCACCUUGAUCGAGGCAUCGGGUAUCCUCACAAAGUCUUUGCAUGGCUUCAUCCAUGGCUUGAAGACAGUGGAUGCUAGAGUCACUAAACUCUGCGAGGAGCUCAAGAACCUCACGGAUCUGUUGGAGGCGGUAGAGAGAACCUUGAAAGAGUGUCGCUCCUUCGAUCUUGCUCACGUCGAAGAAGAUUUGUGGCAGCAGAGCAAUAUAGCUCUCGCUGAUUGUCAAGCCACGCUGAACGACUUGAAGAUGCUCAUCGCGAAGGUCAAGAAGGCGGCUGGCUCUCGACCUUUUGGUUGGAAACUCCGAGCCAUGUUCGAUCUCACUCUUCAUGGUAAUGAAGUGGUGGCAUUCCAAGAGAAGAUCCAUAAGUCAAACGGGGCCUUGCAGACGAUAUUGCACACAAUCACUGUUUCACUCACUCUCAAGAGCAAUGCCUCACAGACUCUGAUUAUGGACGAACUCUCCAGAUUGAGACUAUCCAUUGAUCGAGCGUUGGAGAUUUCUGCAAGGCCUUCAGGAGUCUUUACGCACACAUUGGGUCAUCAAUCCGACGCAAGACUUUCUCGAAACUUGCAAGCUCUGGCGAAAGCUGCCAAGCACUUUCACUCGACAGCGAGUUCUACAGCUGGUACUUCUCGAGGAGACCGCAGCGACAAAACCUGGCAGCCCACAUCGUCCGCUGCCAUCAGCUUGUCGGGUAAUUUCCCAUCCUUCAAGCGUGAGAGAGUGGAAAGAUUCAUCAACGAGGGCCAACCUAGACCCUCACCGUCUGUUCCAGAAGUAGAUUCUCUAGCUCGGAGCAAGUUACCUGCGAUAUCUCCUGCGUCAUUACCUGUGGCUUGCCCUGCGGCUUCACCCACGGCUGAAAGUUGCACGUCCCCAGUCAAGAGUGAUCCCCCGGACUCAGAGCACGGUAGUGACCACGAUUACAUUGGAGCUGACGACGACGAUGAUUAUGAGGCUGCAUUCAACAGAGACUACAUCGUUUGUAUUCGCCAGUUCGCGAUCGAUAAUCUUAAGGCUCGCGAUUUCACUAAAGCAGGUGAACUAUUGAAGGAGGCUCUAGCACAUUGCGCAAAAGCCACCCCGGAGAGUGAGGAUUCAUGCUUGAGUAGCUACAUAUCAAUGCGUAGCCUCAACAUCCAGUUGGCAAUUUGCUACUUCUUCCAAGGAAACUGGAAGAUGGCAGAACCUGUGGUCACAGAUCUUGCUGCUUCAAAGUCUGGCAGAGACAGUGUGGUGUGCAACUUGUUACAUGCUCUUGCGCUUGCGUAUCUUUCAGAAUACUCUUUUGACAUUGCUGUCGACACAUGCAAGCGAGCACUCAAAGGAUAUGAAAGACUGUCUAAGAGAAGCCAGACUGACAUCAGUACCUUGGAUCUGAACAAUAGUCUGGGUCUGCUAGCUACGACAUAUGAUAUGACCGGAGACUAUCUACGAGCAGCGGUUUUCAGACGCAGACUUUCACAGGGCUUCAAGUAUCAGCACCCAUCCAGCGUCGUAGAGUACUUUGACCAUCACUCAGAGUUACUGACCGCAGUGUUGGGUCCAUGCACCCUUGACCCUGCGUUCGUUGUUCUACCGGAAUCCCCGAUGGGUCAAUUAAAUGAGCAAGAGUCUGGCAUAUGCUUUACUUGGGGGCACGAUAUGCCCCAACCUCGAUGGGAUAGCCACGGGAACAUCAGCCACCUGUCCUCGGAUCUUCGACUCAGCAUGAUGAACCACCGGCGGCUGGAGGUUGACACAAGUAAAGAGCUGGUUGCGCAGACCAUUGCCCAUCCCACCGACAUUGAAGACGACACGGCGGACGAGAGCUCGCCAACAGACACUGUCGCUACAACUUCCACAGCGGCAGAGUCUGCAGCUACCACACCCGAUGCCUCUCCGGUUCAGGAUCGACCCACGCGCGUGCUCAGCAAUAACGGACUAUCCAGGCCAAUUCCUAUAGAAGAGUCGGACUCAACCACUGAUCCAGUGACUCUGCCAUGCCAUUCUUGCCAACAUGUAACGCGAAACUCUCAGGCAUCCACGAGUACGGGUCAGAAAGUCUCGGGUGCGAUCAGACCCAAGCUUUCCAUCAAGCUUCCAACAGCAAAGAAUGCAGAUAAAUGGGCUUGGGUGAGAAGUCGAAGAACGCCAUCCGCCGAGGAACCGCCUAGGCCGUCCAAGCUUCAAAGAAGGUUUGCUACCAGAGUGUCACCAGUCAAAAGUUCUGGAGUUGGAGAGUGGCUUGCGGCCGUGAAAUGGUUUCGUGGUGGCCACAGUGAAUCCUCUUCGCCAGUGGAUCCUACGAAGGCGGUACCAGCCACACACAAAUCAGUCACACAUAAGCUAUCCGGACCAGAAGGGAGAUACCACGAGCUCAACGAUAACGCUGUGUCGGAGCUCGAAAACACCUGUCUCCCUCCCGAACUUCAUGGAUGUGAUUUCAAGUUACACGAAACUCAUCGUUGCUCCUCCCUACCCGGGCCCGCGACAGAUAUCCCGUCACAGCCUCCACUAGGCCCGGCAUACUACUCCGAUUUACCGUCCCGUUCACCUGUUGCUGUCGAAAGCUUCCUAAAUCAGAGACUCGAAGUCAAUACUUUUCAGGAAAUCUUGGAAGAUAAAGUGCUGAUUAUGCCUCCAGGACAUGCUCUGUUCAUCAACAAGAUACACGGGCAUGGAAGAAGAGACCAGCGUGAUCUCAAGACCCCUGAAUCUUCAUUGCAAGCAGAUGAGCAAUCUCUGCCGAGAGAACAUCCAAAAAUAGACCAUCCACAUCUGCAUACAGGCACGAUGGAUCCUCCGAGGCUUGUGGGGUUCGAAGAGUACUAUGAUACACAACAUCUCAUCUACGGAAAUCAUGAAAUGUCAGCUUGCGUAUUGGCGAGACCAAAUAAUGCCACGAGAGCAUCUAUAGGGCCUCAUGAUACUGCAAGGGACGUUCAGCCUGUCAGCCAUUCACCGCCAGAUGGACCGUGGAAACUUGAGAUAAGCCACAUCAAUAGAGGAGGCUAUUCGACGGAAGAAGCGUCCGGGAGUCAGGUCGCUAGCGAUUUGGCUGGCUUCCCUCAGCUUAGCUCUUUUCCCGAUGAUUCAGAGCCUCGGGACAAAGUGGGUUCAUGGUUGAAAGCUCAAAGUUCCAUCCCUUCUGGGAGUCAAAUUGUCGAUGAGUUCUAA